AUGGUGCCCCAUCCUAUCACGCUUCCCAGCGACACCGCACCCAUCAAUACACCCAUUACUGCCCUCCAUGGGCCUCCCGCUGCACCCAUCCCUCCCAUCCCAUCCCAUGGGCCACAUCACUCGCAGCCACCCCAGCCCGCCGACACUGCCCUCUCACCCACGCGAGCCGGUCCUCCCUCAGUCCGCGCAACAGCUCUCACGACCACGAUUAACCCGUACACGCGUCCAGCCUCCUCUUCCACACGUCCAGCCUUCUCUCCCCUCCAGCCCAAGCCAGCCCACACCUCCGAACCUGGCGACGUGGAUUUCACUUCUGCUACCCUGCUACCAACCCCGGACCCCCCACGCAUCACGUUCUGGUCCACCACGUACCCUCCCCACACCGACUAUCUCCACCCCAGUCAGGAAACAUCACACUCCAAUAUGCAGCAUACCGCGAUCAACCCCACCGAGACAACCAUCCAACAUGCCAACAACGACAGCACCGGGCCGCCAAACCCACUAGCCGUACAGCAAUCUGGACAGUCCCACACCCAUAUCACCCCUCCUACUGGCUCCACUGAACACCCACCUCGUCCACAGCCAGCCAAACGCCACUACUCCGAUAUUGAACCCGACCUUGAUUUUUUCCACCCCUCUUUCUACUUUCCACCGACCAAGCGGCACCACGACAUGCGCUACCCGCCCACCCCACAACACCAACCGAUUCCCUACGAACUAGCACCGAACGAGCAAGGGGCAACUGACCAAAACAUUGAUGACGACGACCAAGAGGAGUAUGACACCAACACAGCUCUUCAAUUUCCGGGUAUCCGAACCCUACACGACGAAGGCCAGCCGAUCAUGUAUCGCACCAUGCAACGGUACUGGGAUCAUGAGGCGCACCGUUUCCAAGGAUUCAAUGCCGACGAUAUUGCAGAUGUCGAGCGCCACUUUGCUGAUGCAAAAGUACGAAUCCAAUUCUCAAUCAACCCAUCACUACAGCACCCGGAGGAAACACUUAGCAUACUCAACUACCGGCGCGAGCUUGAGGACAUCUGUCAGGAACGCUACGGGCUUACCUUCCGUGGCGGCCUCAUGGAACAUGGCCAGCAGCUCCUCGGUGACCCCCUCCAACGUACAGUCCAGGCAUGGGCACCUCCACGUCGCAGAUACCUCUUCCUUCGUGACAUCUCCGUGGUCAUGGUAUACCAAUACGCUGGUGUGCUCGACAACGGCCUCUCCUUUCACCAGCUCGAAUACCGCAACCCCUCUAAAACCACCCCCGGAGAUCUCAUGUGUGCUCUUCGCGCCCUUGGAGCAACACAUGCAAUCGUCCAAAGCCACACCCGUAUGUCGGGAUUACAUGGACCACGGGACCACUGGGCUGCCAUUGGCUGUCUCAACUGGCCCUCCGAAGGUCAAUACCGCUUCCGCCUCGUCUUUCCCAGCCAAAGCAUGGCGGAAACAGUAUACGCCAACUUUCGCCGACAUGUAGCGGGCCCCGACAGACUUGAAUUGGUCCCUCCCUCCAUGAAGCUCCUCCCCCUACGGGAUCUCUGCUGGGACAACCCCACGGCCACCUUCUUCCACCCGCAAGCCCCGAGUGCCGCCACACUGGUGGACACCAAAGUGCGCAUUGGCCGCCUCCCACCCCUCACGACUACAGACGACAUCCUCGCGACGCUCCGUGGAUCCCGCCUUCCCACCCCAGACGUCGACAUCACCGGGGAUGGAUAUGCCACCCUCACCUUCGAUACCCCAGCCCCCGUUGCCUUCCUCUGGUCUGCCUCAGGCCCCCAUGGGGACACUAGACUCUAUAUUCGGGACAUCGCCGUUCAUCUGCACAUCCUAACCGGUCGCCCCCGCCCGUCAGCUGCGCAUGUACAGUGCCGCGACUGCGGUAGACAUGACCACCAAGGCCAACCCUGCGACCGUUUCACCUAUCUUGACCCUCGCGAUCGGGCCCGCAGCAAAUCCCAGCACAAACCUUCUGCACACGCGAACACGCGCAGCCCCGACACGCACGCACGCGGUAAAAGUAGCCAUCACCGCGUGGGACAAUACUCCCGCUCUGCCUCCCAACACUCGGCCCCGGAGGAACGCCUACCCCAGGCCUGGCAACUACCCCUUCAGCGCCACCCGGCCCAGGCACCUAGACCCACCGCCGAUCUCAGUCUCUACCUACGUCGUGAACUCUCUACCUACGUGGAUCAACGCAUCGUAACGGCAACGGCCCCACUACGUCACGAGGUCGAGUCCUUACGGGCUGACAAAGAAGCCCUUGCAGCCCUUGUCUCUUCUUCCAGCACUGCAUUCUCUACCCUCGACGCGCGCCUCCUCCAAGAAUGA